AUGUCUCGAAUCUCUCGCCUGUUUCCGAAGCUGACGGUUUCGGCUCUGCAGGCGACGACUUACCUACUCGGAAUCGCGCUCUUUGGCAUCUCGUUCCUCGUCUUCCUUAAUAGCAGCAUUUCGUUUGUGGUCACGGAGGUCAUCGGGCAAAAGAGCAAGGUCGGAGAUGCGGUUGGGACACUCACGUUCGCAGAUGAGUUGGUGGCGCUCGUCGCGUGUCCGCUAUGGGGGCUGUUGAGCGAUAGGAUCGGUGUAAGAGCUGUGGCUGUGGCCGGAUAUUGUAUUGUGGCGAUCAGUUUGGUGUGUCUCGUCCAGAGCACGAACGUAUAUCCAGAGCUAUUGCUGGGAAGGCUGGGCUUUAGCGUCGGAGGAGCAGCUUGCUCGACGAUGGUGACGGCCAUUCUUCCCAGCAUGGUCGCGGAGCGCUCUUCCGACGAGGACAAGCAGGAUGAAGAGCAAGCGCCCCCGAAUGGAAAUGUUGCCAGACUGCAAGGAGAGGACCGGACAGGAAGAAGCGGCAGUAUUGGUCACGCGACAUCGCCAAGCGUCAACAGCGAGCUCACGAUCACACCCGCGAGCUGGGCUUCGGCUUCGCAACGACGAAAUGGUGCGGCGCAGAAGAAUUCGUCGGGAGAUGAGGACGAGAAUGAGACGAAAGACGAGUUUGAUAAGACGGCAGGCACGGCUCAACUAGCCGGACUUGUUGGUUUCUUCACCGGAGCUGGCGCUCUAGUCGCAUUGGCAGUCUUUCUACCGCUGCCAGCGUACUUCCAGGGUGGUGGUUACGACCAAUCGAAAAGUGUACAAGCAAGCUUCUACGUGGUCGCCGCCGUUGCUAUCUGUGUUGCCAUCUUCAUAUUCAUCGGACUGCGUAACCUUCCGGGGGAGGAAAAGAAGAACUUCUCGGCGUUGCUAAGACCGCCGUACGAUGAAACGACACGAGUCGGACCAGGAGGUCACUUACACACUAUCCUAUCGCCCGCUCCAUCCUAUUUCCUUUUGGCAAAGGAAGCGAUCAAGCUUGGCUUUACCGACCCCGCCAUCAGUUUGGGAUACAUUAGUGGUUUCGUCGCACGGGCCUCCUCCGUGGGCAUAAGCCUUUUCAUCCCCCUGUUCGUCAACGCGUACUUUGUAAAGGAGGGUCUCUGCAAAGACAAUCCUGGCAAUCUUCCCGACAUUAAGAAAGAAUGCGAGCGUGCCUACAAGCUCGCUGCCGCACUGACUGGCAUUGGCGAACUGGCAGCGCUGAUCUGUGCUCCCCUUUUCGGCUGGCUCGGAGGUCGUGCUGCGCGUGGAAAAUCCGAAUGGCCACUGCUAGUAGCCUCGCUUGCGGGCGUCGUAGGCUAUGUGAGCUUUGGGCUGUUGAGAAAUCCCGACGCGUUCCACGGCGACGGAGGGCAAUGGUCUUUCCUGGCUGUCAUUCUCAUUGGCAUUAGCCAGAUCGGCGCCAUUGUAUGUUCACUUGGGCUGCUCGGUCGCGGUGUCAAUGCGAACACAAAAAGCCUAGCUGAGUCACGUGACGAUGAACCUGUCACAUUGCGACAGGAUGAAGCGGGACCUGCCGAGGGCCAAGAGACGGUACCUCUCCUCCUCAGCGCUCAAGCAAAGCCCUCCGGCGCAAGUAUCGACCGGUCGCGCUUGAAGGGCAGCAUAGCAGGCAUCUAUUCUCUCGCAGGCGGUGCUGGCAUCCUGCUACUGACGAAGCUAGGCGGUGCUCUGUUUGAUAGCUGGACGACAGGCGCGCCAUUUUACCUCAUGGCCAUCUUCAACGGUAUCUUGACCAUCGCUAUAAUUCUGAUUGGCGGCGGCAGUGCUGUGUUGAGAACGCAGAAGGGAGCAGCCAUGUCAGAGGUCGCAAAUACCCAGACUGAGCGAGAUCCGCCUUGA